AUGUCAUAUACUGUCCAGCAGCGCCAGCGCGGCGCACUCCAGCCUGGCGAUAUAUUAGUGGUCAUUCAUGAUUUCGAUGCCCGAAGUCCGGAUGAAUUAACCCUCCGAAAAUCCGACCAGGUUGAGUUAGUUGAACUGGAUGAGGGUUUUGGAGAUGGCUGGUAUUUAGGACGGCAUCUCGGCCAGGGUACCACAGGGCUGUUCCCUGGAGUCUACACUGCGAAGCUCCCUCCGAACUUCACUCCUGUGGGCGCCUCGAACCUGGUACCCAGCCAGCUUGCACAAAGGCUAUCCAACGGUACAAAGGCUGAACCAUCUGAACGGACCAUACCAGAAGACCAGUCGAGCACUCGUCGCUCGCUCGUCUCCAAAGCCCCAGUACCGUCUUCAUCAAUGUCAUAUCUUCCCUCUAUACAGCGCAGUAUUGGCCAGGCUCUAUCAGGCACGACUAGCGGAGAGGACAGUCCUGUCAUGAAUGAAACAUUGAGCGUUAUAGACGAACACAUUACAGACCUGAGCACGCCGCGACAAAGUCUCGCCCCUCCCCGAUUCCCGACGGAAGAUUCUGAAAGCGAAUACAGCAGUCAUCUGGAUCGAGCGUCCUAUGUUGCAGGCCCAGAGACUGACAGUGAAGAGAAUUCGCCUCUUACCGAGGCCGAUGUGAAGCAAUGGGAUGCCAAAGAGACCGCUGAAUUCUUGAGAGGUCUUGGAGUGGACUCAAAGCACUGCGAUAUAUUUGAAGAGCAGGAAAUAACAGGAGACGUCUUGUUGGACAUGGACCAGUCUUUUAUUCACAUGAAAGAGUAUGAUUUCGGAUUAAUGGGUCGCCGACUAAAGACCUGGCACAAGAUUCGGGACUUUCAGAAUCAGAUUCGGUUCUCCAAAGACUCGAGAAAGAGCAGCUUGAGGCAAAACAGCUCCAGUGAGGAUGUGGCACGAGCUCAUUCCCGUGCUUUAUCUGGCGCCACCAUCCUCCCUCGGAUUCCUAGUUUGAUGGAGGAGCCAGGGCUAUCUAUUCGCCAGUCGCAGCAUGCUCACCCAUACGUUCACGCUGGGACUGCGUCACCUUCUCUCGAUUCACAAUUACCCCCUUCGCCUUUCGCGAGAUCUCAGCUUGGUGGAAGCACUCCUCCAUCUCCAUGGAGAGCAUCGAUGGCCACCGAAAGUCCCAGUCGUCCAUCAGCUGCGUCAGUUCGGGAAUUGCACCACUCGCGGCGCCACUCCUCGAUCGAAUAUGCGAAACACGGACCCCAGGAGACGUCUUUUGGAUCCUUUGCAUCUGGCUCGCCCCCUCACAAGAAAAACGCAUCGCUUGACAGAGAUUGGUCAAUAAGCAAUGCCACAACCACUAAUCCUGGUGCAAGCACGCCUUCGCUUAAAGUGGACGUCGGCAAGAAUAUCAGCGUAUUGGCUGACUCUCCAUUUGAUGGAGAGCCCUCUACCGUCGAUAUCGACCGGGGUUACUUCAGUGGCAAUGAGGUUGAGAAUCGGAAAUCCCGAAAUCUAUUGAGGAAGAAAGGCGGCGGAGAGAAUGCUAAUCAUUCCCGUCAGUCUAGCAUGAUCGAGGAGGCCCGCAGACCUGCCCUAGGCGUCAAGCGGCAUUCGCGGCUCAGCAGCGCUGACUCUAUUAGAGACCGAGGAUCUGCGACAAUGUCCUUAGCGGCGAAGGCCUAUCUCAGCCAAUCAUCCAAAAGUCGAGCUCGGUCUUCGAGCGCGCGGAACUUAACCAUAGAACGGUCGCCUGUUGCCCCGUCUCCAACAGUCACGAAUUUGGAGGAUGACAACCUGUCGGCCUUGUCGUCUCCGAAGCUGCUCGGUGGUUCUGUGUCCCCGGCUGCGGUUGUGUCUCUGCCGUGGGCAGCAUCUCAAAAAGCUCGAAAGUUGUUUGGUCUCCGAGCAGCAUCCGAGGCAAUUACAGGAAGCGAGAAAGAGGCGGCGAAGUCCUCCAAUAUUACCACAGAACCGCUCAAAGAGAGCCCCUUGGCUUCGCCCUCGGGUUCUCAGACACCCUCCGCGACAUCACGGAGUUUCGAGAUCGACAAUACCGAUACGUCUUCGAAGGGCACCGUCGAACAACUCGGACCGCUUUUACACACCAAAACCACCGUGCGCACACAUCCGAAGACUAAGCGCCAAACAAGUGCUUACACAAAGGGGUUGCUACCCAUUUCUCCCGCCGAAGCACAGAAGCACUGCGACUACUAUGGAUGGAUGAAGAAAAAGUCUGGGGGAAUUAUGACUCAGUGGAAGCCUCGGUUCUUCAUUCUUCGAGGGCGACGGCUGUCAUAUUACUAUUCUGAGACUGACACUGAAGAGAAGGGGAUAAUUGAUAUAUCUGGGCAUAAAGUCCUGAGGGCCAGCUCGGACCCGAUUACGACACUCCAAGCGACUAUAGCCGGCGGGACAUCAACACCUGGCGCAUCAGGGUCUGCAACCGGAAAUUCACACGAUACGUCCCGCAACUCCAGCGGCGGUGGACCGUUCUUCUUUAAGCUUGUGCCUCCUAAAGCAGGGUCGUCCAGAGCCGUUCAAUUCACCAAGCCGACUGUCCAUCUGUUUCAAGUCGAUAACAUCGUUGAGGGAAGAAAAUGGAUGGGCGAGAUCCUGAAAGCGACCAUUGAGCAUGACUUAUCGAGCUUUGAGACCACCAAUCGACAGAAGACGAUUAGCCUGAUUAAAGCAAGGGCACGGAAGGAAAGGCCGCCUGCGCUCAAAGAAACCGAGGAGAUAGCUGAGCUGGCGGAGAAGCCAACCCCUGGGGAGGAGAAGAGCCUGCAAGAGAGUGGACUAAACAUACAAGGACUGGAGCUUCACGAGCCCAAUAUAGAUCUCCAGCUGAAUGGGGAUUCCAGUGGAACGAAAGCCAGCCCAGGAGAUGAUGCAGACGAGAAGACGGAGACAUGA